UCGUUAAGACUGUUCGUACAAAAUUAACAUCGACUGACCCUACUGAUUAGGUUUACGUUUAAUCCUUCUUUCAAGUUCUAAAUUUCCAGCGCAACGAAGAUCGGUAUUUACUCGUAUCAUUCAUCGACCAUAAAAUAUGGAUGGCAUGUCUAUGUAUAUAUCAAAGCAAAAACUAUUCUUCUAUGAAUAUCGACAAAUUAUUUAUGAUAAGUUACUAAAACAUAUCCAUGACGAAACUUAAGAUCUCAUUGAAUGUCCCGAAUUGUUUUCUCGUAACGUGCAUGUAAAGAUAUAAUAAUAAUCCAUAUGUUUUACGAACUAAAACAUGUAGUUGUAUAAAUACUUGAAUGAUGUUGUGUCUAAUCGAGAUACGUGUAUUCUAGCAUACAAAUUAUCGAAUUAAAUUUAUUAUAUAUAUUCGUCAUAACUUACGUUAUGUACAACGAAUAUUACAUAUUAUUACAUCACUGAGCUGUAUUAAUAAAUGUAAUCGAAAUGAAUUUUGAGUAUUCGAAGCGUACGGUAUACUUUUACUAGCGAAUAAAAAUGAUUUGAAUUUAACCGCUUCAACAACGAGCUAUCUGGUGGAGAACGUUCGAACUAAUUAUUUGAAAGAAAGAUGGCGACCCCCAUAAAAACCCGCGCGUUUUUAGUCGAAUGCACCUGUUGCAUGUAUGCGUCAACCACGCGACGUUUUUGCCGUAACAAAACACGAGUAAACUAAUUUUCUUCUCGAAGGAUCUUUGAUAAUGCGCUAAAAAAGUAAAAAUAACAAUGAAUCCAAGCGAAGUGGUGUUUUUGGCAGAAAGAAAGCUCGUUACGAUAGUGCCAAAUUUUAGUUUCGGUGCAAUACACUUGAUCUCCGGUACUAUAGGACCUUUUCGUGCUGGUUUACCUGCAAAAGUGCCGAUUUGGCUGGCUGUAAAUUUAAAACAACAACAAAGAUGUCGUAUUCUUAAUCCAGAAUGGAUGCAAGUCGAAAAUUUAGAAGAAGUUGCAGAGACAGAGAAAUUGUCCAAAUUAUUCACACAAAUGCCAAGCAGUCAUUAUAUGGAUGAGGCUCAACUUUUGCUAAGCGUAGCCAAUGACGAUAUACAUGAUUCAGAAAAAAUAAGAACAGCGGUAAAAGAUAUAUGGGAUUUAAGAAUGUCUAAACUACGAACGUCUGUAGACUCAUUCAUAAAGAGCGAUAGUUCUCAUGCAAGACUUGAUCAUCUUACUAUGAUGGAAAUCAAUAGUAUACGUCCAUUAUUACCACAUACUUUAGAUCAGAUAUUAAGAAUUCAAUCUAGUAGUAACAGUACAGGAAGUACAACUGCAUCUCAAUGAAAAUACUACAUUUUUGUCAUUUAUAAAGGCAAGGAUAAGGAUCAUCGAUAAUAGUAUCUAUAUAUAUAUAUAUAUAUUUUUUUUUCCAUACGAGUGUUGUAGAAUAAUUUUAUUACUUAAUUUACUUUAUCUCAGUACAUCAUACAGUCACUAGCAUCUCAAUCACAUGUUCUCAUUAUUACUAUCGUUAUUAAAUGCGUAUUUACAGUGGUACACCUCUUCCA